CAGGAGAAAGGAAGCCUGAGUUGGGAUAGGGGACAGGCCCCCGGAGAGGCUGGAGCCCAGAGUAGUGGGUCAGAGAGUGCUGAGACCAGGCGAGGUGUGCACUGCAGUCACCCAGACCUGCAUUUGAGCGGCUAGCUGCCCCAUCCUCUUCUGUCCCCACAGGACCUGGCAGGAGGCCUGGUGUCUAAGCAGCUGAGCUCAGGGAAGGAUGGAGAGCCUGGGAUUGAAUCCUCGUCUCAGCACUGCCAGGGCCCAGCUUUGUAACCUUGGACAAAUCAUCUCCAAAUCUCAGCUUCCUAUAAUACAGGAAUCCUCAUUUCACUAUCAGGGCUCGACUGCAGAACUUCGGUGUCCACGCUACUUCGUCACCCUCCGGAGCAGCCAUGGGGGCCCGCAUUGUUCGCAACCCCAUUUUACAAACCCUGAACCUGAGGCCCUGCGAGCCCAGUACAGGGACACAACUCGAUCUCCAAGCCUCUGAUGGAGAAGAAGCGACGGGCACGCAUCAACAUGUCCCUGGAGCAGCUGAAGUUGUUGCUGGAAAAACACUACUCACACCAGAUCCGGAAACGCAAGCUGGAGAAGGCAGACAUACUGGAGCUGAGCGUCAAGUACAUGAAAAGCCUUCAGAACUCGGUGCAAGGGCUCUGGCCGGUCCCCCUCGGAACUGAGUUCCCGUCGGGCUUCCGCAGCUGUCUGCCUGGCGUUGGCCAGCUUCUGCGGCGCGGAGAAGAGGGCGGCGGUGGCCUGCGCUGCCCCCUGGCGCACGAGCGCGCAGGUGACAGCACCAUGGACAGCGCCGGCCCGAGCCGGGAGGCACCCGAGCCGCUCGGCCCCUGCGCCCCCGCCAUUUGGGCCCCUGCUCCGGCCACCGGCGGCUCGCGGUCCCCUCCACCCCGGCUCCUCUUCUCUGGAGGUCUUCCCGGCCCGUCCUCCAGCGUCCCGGGGCCGCAGCCGGCACCUCGCCGCUGCACCGAGAGCCCGGGGCCGCGUCUGGGCGUUUGGCGGCCCUGGUGAGUCCCGGCGCCGCCUCGGACUCAAGGGGGCCCCCGUCCGGCCUGGAGACGCAGAGACUGUUCAGAGCGCGCCUGCGGUGAUGGCCGGGACCCCCAGUCAUCCGUCCCGGUCCCGUGGCAGGGGUGGCUGGGAGGCUGCCGCGCGCCUCGCGGCCGCCGGGGGACCACAAUCCAGCCCUCCCAGCCCCACCUACUCAAGCCAGACCCGCUCCCUCUUCCCACCUUCUCGUGGGGCUGGGAGGGGAUGUCCCAAGCUGCGCCUCUUUCCCAGGGCCCCUGGCGGGCAGCCCGCCCCCGCCCCCGCCCGGCGGCCACGCCGCGGUGGGAAGGUCGCCGUCCGCAGCGGCGCAGAGCGGACCCCUCGCAGCGAGGAGAAUCGCUGCCCCGCCCCGGCCCAUUCAGCCGGCGGCGGACGCCGGGUUCCCACCGGCACAAAGCUCGCCGGGUCCCGCCCCGCCGGCGAGGGGCCCCCAGCCCACCCCCACCUUGGACCCUCUCGGCUUCCACGGAUCCCCACCCCCUCGGCUCGCGGCGCAGCCCACCCGGCAGGCGAGCUCUCCGAGGCCCGCCCCGCUCCGAGGCCCAGCCCGGAGCCCUCCUGGCCGGGCAGCCGGCCCCCAAGAUGUUCCGCCCACCGCUCGGUGCGCCCCACGCCCCGCCGCGCGCGGAUCUUCAGGGUCCCGGCCUCCCGACUUCUGGGGCCGCUGCAGAGCCCGCGACCCUCGACCACCGCGGAGCGCUCGGCGCCCGGCUGUUCGUCCGAAAGCGAGGUCGUUGCUGUGCUCGGACUCUAGCCCGGGGUCCCGGUUCUCUAGCGGCGCCCGGGAUCGGGGACGGGAAACCGCGCGGAGCCCGGGAAGAGCUCCUGGCACUUCCCGCUCGAGAUUCAGAAUACAGACAGGGCAGACCUGUGAAAUGGGUAUAAAGAGACCACGAAGGUCCACAUUUCUCUCA